GGGCCUGGGCCCAGCGGCAUCGUCCCGCGGCGACAUGCAGCCGCCGGGCCCGCCCCCGGCCUACGCGCCCCCCAACGGGGACUUCACCUUCGUCUCGUCGGCCGACGCGGAAGAUCUCAGUGGCUCUAUAGCAACCCCAGAUGUCAAAUUAAAUCUCGGGGGAGAUUUUAUCAAAGAAACCACAGCUACAACAUUUCUGAGACAAAGAGGGUAUGGCUGGCUUCUGGAGGUUGAAGAUGAUGACCCUGAAGAUAACAAACCUCUUUUGGAAGAAUUGGAUAUUGAUCUAAAGGAUAUUUACUACAAAAUCCGAUGUGUUUUGAUGCCAAUGCCGUCACUUGGUUUCAACAGACAAGUUGUGAGAGACAAUCCUGACUUCUGGGGUCCUCUGGCCGUUGUUCUUUUCUUUUCCAUGAUAUCAUUAUAUGGACAGUUCAGAGUGGUCUCAUGGAUUAUAACUAUUUGGAUAUUCGGUUCACUGACAAUUUUCUUACUGGCUAGAGUUCUUGGUGGAGAAGUUGCAUAUGGCCAAGUUCUUGGAGUUAUAGGGUAUUCAUUACUUCCUCUUAUUGUAAUAGCCCCUGUACUUUUAGUAGUUGGAUCAUUUGAAGUGGUGUCUACACUUAUAAAACUGUUUGGCGUGUUUUGGGCUGCCUACAGUGCUGCUUCACUGUUAGUGGGCGAAGAGUUCAAGACCAAAAAGCCUCUCCUCAUUUAUCCAAUCUUUUUAUUAUACAUUUAUUUUUUGUCCUUGUAUACUGGAGUGUGAACCACGUCAUACACAAAAGAAAAGAUAACAUUGCAUUUGUGUGUAGGCUGGGAAUUCUUUCCAAAGGAAUUGGAGAAAACAUUGCUGGUAAAGUUUUAUACAUUCCAGAUGUAAAGACAGGUUUAUGGUCUUUUUAAAACAAUAUUUUUUGUAUUUAAUUAAGCAGUGGCAUUUAUCUGGGAUUUUUUUGGUCAGAACUCUAAAUUCUGUUUGAUUCUUCAUAUCCAGUGAAUAAAAUAAAAGCAUUGUGUUUUUACAAUUGUGUCAAUAUUCACCUAAAAACCUGUGCCAAAAGCACCUGAAACAGUAGUUAUAUUUCACUUGAAGGAGAAAUGUGGCAUCCUGUAAUCUAAAAGUGCAAUUUUUUUCUUUAGAGAAUUUUUUCCUGCAUUGCAGAUCCUGUAGAUAUAUAUUUAUAUUUAUACAUAUAUAUUUAUGAAAUAAUUAUUAUCCACAAAAUAUAUUUCUGAAGAGCCUAAAAAUUAAGAUAUUAAACCUGAUGCUUAAACUUUCUUUAAUUUGGCCAUUAAUCUUUUUAAUUGAAAACCUAAAAUUGUUUUUAAACUGUAUGUAGUGUUUGAAAUACUAGUUGUUGAUGUAGAUCGGGUUUCUGUUAACACCCUCUCAAAAACCAUUUUUGAACGUUUAGACGUGAGAUCUCAAGUUUCUGUUCAUUGUUUUGACCAAAGGAGCAAGAGAUAUAAUGAAUAAGGCAUUCUUUAAAAUCAUGAAUAUAUAGGAAAAGAUAUAUAGCAUCACUAAAUAUUUUUAAAUGGUAACUUUAAGUCAGAAAAGUCAUGGGAAAGAGACCUUUAAAAUCAUAUGGUCCUGAAACAUGUUAUAUGAAGUAGCAAAUAAAGUGUUUUCCAGCUGUGUGUUUUGUUUUACAA